AAUAAUUUUGAAUUACAAUUUAAAGAAUAAAGAAUGAAAAUGACCACAAUAAAUUAUUUAGAUUUAAACAUUAAUAAACUUUUCGAGCAACAUACAAUCAAAGAAAUAGAGGAAAUUCAAAAGAAAAUUCAAUUAGAAAGUGACCGUAAAAAGAUUGAAUUACGUACUCUAGUUGGAGAAAGAUAUCGUGACUUGAUAUUAGCUGCGGACACCAUUGGAAAAAUGAAAUUUACAGCAGAAAGAAUAAGCUUAAGAAUAGCGCAUACAGAGGAGAAAUUUCGAGAGCUUCAAGAAAAGUAUCUUAUCGGUUUUAAAACAGACUCCAUCGAGAAUCAACCUACCAAGAAAUCUGAAGAUAUGGCUGUGGUAAUCAUUCAAAUAAAAAUAUUAAUGGACAUUCCAGAAUUUAUUUGGUCUAAUAUAGAAAGUCAUAACUUAUUGUAUGCCACACAAUUAUUUAUCUUAGCGCAACACAUAAAGUAUAGAUUAAAAUUUGAAAUAGGCAAUGAAGAGUUAGCUGUAAAAUAUCCAAUAGUAUUUAAGCAAUGGGAUAUUAUAGGUCAAUUUAAAAAUAUUAUAUUAAGAGAAUGCGAUAUGAUAUUGCGAUCAUGGAAUGUAUCAACCGAGAGCGCAGCGAAUUGUUUAGCAUCGCUCAUACUACUUAACAAAACUUCGUAUAAGAAUUUAUUAGAAAAAUUAAUAUUCACAAGAUGUCGUGCUGUCGAAUCUAUAAUCAAGGAUGAAAAUGAUUACAAUGUUAAAACAAAGAUAAAACUUUGUAUAGAAAUGCUAAUUCAUACUAUUACAUUAAUUUAUGCGUGCUUUAUAACUGCCGGAAGUAAACAUGAAGGAUUGGUUUCACAGUAUAUUGCUGCAAUAAAAGACGAGAAAGUAUAUUCGUUACUCUUAAAGAUCGACACCAAUAAAGAUUUGAUAGAGAAAUAUUUAUCUUCCGUUAUAACGAACGAGAAACCAUUUUCACAAGAAGGAGACGAUCAAUUUUCUAUAACAGAUUUACAAGAAUGCAUUAAAACGUGGUUGAAUUGGCUCAAUGAAUUUUGUAAUACAGAAGUUAACAAAUUAUUUCAAUUAAUAGUUUCUGUAAAAGGUUUGUACAGUAUACGAGAAGAGGCAGUCGGUAUUAAUUUACCAGAAAAUUGGAAAAUCAUAUGGGAGGAUUUUGGUUUACCAAAUAUAAGUUAUUGGUUGGAAUAUUUCCAACCACUUUUAAGUAAAAGAGCGAAGAGUAUAAUACACGAUAAAUGGAUGGAGGGUAUACAAAAUUUGAAAUCUAAUAUAUCGAAUAUGUUAAACAAAGUGACUCGAGAAAGAUGCGAAUUUCCUGAACACGAUCUACGAUGGUUCGUUUGGAAAGAUUCUCCAAACGACAUACCACAGAAAUUAACGCACAAUACUGGAUUAGAUGGCAAACGAUCAUUGUUGAUGAAAACUAAAGGAUAUUCUCCUAAUGUGGUACAACUUUGCGAAGAGUUUGACAAUAGUUUGUACGAAUUACUUUCGGAUUUAGAACAUUACUUAUACAACACCGUAUGCAAUUUAAAUAUCAGAGAUAAUUUAUUAUCUAAAAAUAUAUCCGUGAUACCCAAUACCUUUUCUGAUCGAACUGAGAUUCAAGAACAUUUGCAAUCGGUUAGUACCACUAUGAUAGAAGAUUUUAUAAAAUAUAUUAAAAAUACUUACAUCAACAACAACGUUAAUCAUAAUCAUCAAGAAAUAAAUACGAUAGUACUAGCAAGACUUCUUAUGGCAUUCACUUCGUUAUCGCCGAACUUAAACAAAUGUUUUAAUUUGUCCAAAGCGACUGGAUUGUCUAUAAUCAAUACCAAAUGGCAAAUUAUAGUUGAUACUCUUAAAGAGGAAAGUAUUGCCAUAUGGUCUGUUUGGGCUAAUACUUAUAGAAAUAAAUUAUCCGAUCACAAAGAGAAAUAUAUGUCGAAAGAAUUAUUUGACGGAUUUAAAAUCAAGUCUGUUCUAUCUGACUGGGAAAAAGUUAUAAUCGAAGAAGAAUCUGGAGAGGGUAAAACGUUGAAGACCGAAAUAUUAGUGCCACAUCAACCUUCGAUAAUGCUACAGAAAUUUUUAAUGGCCGUUAUUAAGGAUUUAAAUAAAAUUAUACCGCACACUAUUCCUAAAAAAGUACUUCAUGAGAUCAUUGAAGCAGUAGCAUCAGAGUUGUUCGAUUACUAUCAAGCUACAUCAAACAUUGUAAAUCUUAAACAGAAACAAGCAUUACAAAUAGUAUUCGAUAUUAAAUAUUGUACUUUACUUAUGGUACAAAGAGAAAACAAACACUUAAAUGAAAUGUCAUCGAAAGCAAUAGACAGUGCACUUUCUAAGAUAGAUCCAUUUGAUUACAAUGUUAUCAAUCCAUUCAUUCAUACAAACGUGAAGAAAAGUGUUCUGAGAUCUUUGCUUUUGCUUGGAAAUUUAAUACCGCAUUUGGAACAACUUCAUUCAGUUCUCGGAGCACGCAGCGAAUACAAUGCUGGAGAAGGAAAUAAAUUAGAUUCUCCUGCAUUGCUUGCAUUGUGUACAGGUGCACCGUGGUUCCCUCCUCUUACCAUAACAGUUCCUAUGAGAAAUUUAUCUCUUGUAAUAACAACAAUACAAGAUAAAACUCAGCGUAAAAAAAUAUCAUCAGCGAAGGAUAACACAAAAUCCGAAUCGACUGGAUCUACUAUAAAAUCUGGAGCAGCAGCAUUUUUUGGAGCAAUGGGUUCAGAUUGGUUCAGUGCUAGUUAAAUAAUAAAUAUAAAUUUUAUUUAUUUAUAAAUAUAUACAUAUUAUUAUAUAAUAUAAUAAAUAAAAGAAAAUAUAUAAAUCCUUUUGUAAAAGAAGAUGAAUUUUGUGAUACAAAAGAUAGA